ACUUCAACUAUCACUGUCAUGCAUCGUACAAUCGCUAGAUUAGCAUCAACCAAAGCACAAGUCUUACCACCACCUACAAUACCACAUUUUGAACAGAAAGUACAAUUGUCUGAUGGUUCUACGAUAUCAAUGUUCACAACUUCUCCGAGAUCUGUAAUAAAGAGUUCAAAAGAUACCGGUAAUCACGCAGUAUGGAACCCUCAAAGUGUUAAACUCACCACAGAGGAUGAAAGUGGUAGAUUGACUAGAUUUGCUAAGAGAUUCGGUUUGCAAGCUGAUCAGGGACCAGAGAAGGGUAGAUUAGAAAGGCAGAUGGCUAUGGGUGGAUUCGGUGACAGUGAUUUACAAUCUAUCACUAGAGAAGCAACAGAUAUGGAGAAGAAAGUCCAGGCGAAACCAGACUACAAACCAUCACCAAAGAAGAAGAAGUAAAUUAAGUAUUAGUACAUCU